UUAUCUGGAGGAAGCGGGGUGUCGGCGUUGCCUCUCCGCUCCGAUUGGACAGAAACUCGAGCCGACGCCGGUAACUCCCGCCUCUUCUCCUAGCUUGCUGCUACAGCUGCACGGACGAAGGAGCGGCUGCCUGUCAUCGCCACUACGGUUCAUGGAGGUCGAGUAGGAGAGCAGCGGACUUUCAAUCGGUUAAACAGAGGACGAGUUUCAGCGACAACCGAACUGUAAAGACUUGUAGCCAAGAGACUCGUAACUAGCUAGCCGCUGCUAGCUAACAGAUAAGCUAGAUUUAACAGUAGCUGUCAGGUGCUUUAAGAAGUGAACGGUUUCUGAAAUCAAGGUUUCAAACACAUCCUCUUCAUUCAGACCACGAUCGAACCAUCCCUCAGCCGAGAAGAGACGCUGAAGAGCGGCGAUGGACUUCGUUGCAGGAUGCAUCGGAGGUGCUGCUGGAGUCUUGGUUGGACACCCGUUUGACACAGUAAAGGUGAGACUGCAGGUCCAGAGUGUUGAUAAGCCACUGUACCGCGGGACCUACCACUGUUUCCAGUCCAUUAUCCGGCAGGAGUCGCUGUUUGGUUUGUACAAAGGCAUUGGGUCCCCCAUGAUGGGCCUUACAUUCAUCAAUGCUAUAGUGUUUGGUGUUCAGGGAAACACCAUGCGUAAGCUGGGACAUGACACCCCCAUGAACCAGUUUCUUGCAGGUGCAGCAGCAGGUGCAAUCCAGUGUGUCAUCUGCUGCCCCAUGGAGCUGGCUAAGACCCGCAUGCAAAUGCAGGGCACCGGGGAGAAGAAAUCCUCCAGGAGGUUGUACAAGAACUCCCUGGACUGCUUGGUGCGCAUCUACAACCGUGAGGGUCUGAGGGGCGUGAACAGAGGCAUGGUGACCACGCUUAUCCGCGAAACACCUGGCUUCGGAGUGUAUUUCCUAGCCUACGAUGUGCUGACGCGUAGCCUUGGCUGUGAGCCCAACGACCGUUACAUGAUCCCCAAGCUGUUGUUUGCUGGGGGCAUGGCUGGCAUCGCCUCCUGGCUCUCCACUUACCCCGUGGAUGUGAUCAAAUCGCGGCUCCAGGCAGAUGGGGUGGGUGGAGUAAACCAGUACAGCAGCAUCGCUGACUGUGUGCGACAGAGUGUUAGGAGAGAGGGCUACAUGGUGUUCACGCGGGGCCUCACCUCCACGCUGCUGCGAGCCUUCCCUGUGAAUGCAGCUACCUUUGCUACAGUCACCCUCAUUCUCAUAUAUGCACGGGGGGUGGAAGAGCGACCACAAGACUGUGAGCAGGCUCAGCCAAGCCACCACGCACAGAUACAGCAGCAGGCUCAACCCUCCAGCCUGUGACCGCACAGAGAUCCUAAACCUGGGCACUUUACAAGAGCGUGGAAAGAAAUAACAAUACAAAUGAACCGUUUGCUAGCCAGUCAUUCCCAGUUUUGAGUCAGAAAAUAUCUGGUUUAUAUAAAACUCUUGUUUUUACUUCAUCUCACAAAGGAAACAAAGGAAAAACAACAUAUUUAUUUUUAGAUGAGAUUUAAGUUUAGGUUUGCCUCUAAAGUUGCAAACUCGUUAUGGGGAUGGCGUUGUCUCUAAUAACAUUAAUCAAUAAAAUUGAGAUAUGUAACAUGAGAUUCAUGAAAGCUUCCAACAGCAGCCUUUAUUUCCACUGAGUUCGACUUGUUACUGGCUGGGUAGUGUGUACAGUGUAGACACUCACAGUUGAUAUCUUGAUUUGAUAUAUCUUGAAAUGUGCAGUGUUUAACUGCACCUGUAUAUAAUGCUGAUUUAAAUUUGUUUCUUUUUAAAUGUAUAUUGGAAACAAAUUUUCCUGCCUUAUAAUAUCAAACCUUUAUUUUGUGUAAUGGCGCAGAAGCACCUUUUUCCUCUUCAGAGGAAAUAGCGAGCCAAGCAAGAGAAAAGGAAUGUAGCAUGUGACGUAAGGAACACACCUUAUCGCUUCUGUCCGCUUUUAAACCAAAACCAAUAUAGCAGCUAUGAUACGAUUAUCCCUAACGCACUAUCAGUCCAUUCAGCAUAUAAUUACCCUUUGUGGACAAAGAUCAUCUGGUCUGAAGGGCUCUUCAAGUGCUAAGUGUCUGCGUGUGAAUCAGACCUGUAGGGGGUGUUAUGUUUCUGUCUUGUUUGGCAUGUUGUGUUUUUUUCCAAAUAAUGUGACGUUUUAUCUUUGUAACUUUACUGCUGUAUUAAAUACCUAUUCCAGAUGUAGAACAUGGCGUGUCAUGUGGCACUGCACUGGUCACAUGACUUUUUAUUUUAUUUGUUUGUUUUACAUCUUACAAAUAAAAAUGAACUUUGAGUAUAUAUUUUAAAGCAGCACAUGAUGCAGUUAUUGCAAGGUCAUGCUAGGGUUGCCCUUAACAGUUCUGUAAUGUUUUUAUUUUUAAUUUAUUUAAAGAUUAAAAGGGGCUAACAAAAGUUCUAGAAUUUAUGAUGACCCUAAUUUAUUUCACUCUUGGAGGUUAGGGUUUCUGAUGGUGAUUGAAAUUGUUAUCUCUCAAAGGGUGCAGGAACAAUUGUUUUAUUAUCUUUAUUUACCUGAGACAAAAGGCCUAAAUUACAGUUAGUAUCCCUGUGGAAGAAUUAUUAUAAUAUUUUUUUAAAUUGACAGAUGUUUCUUUUGUGUACCAAUCAUUGAUAUACUGUAUUUAACCAUCUGUAUUGGGGCUUUAAUGAGAUGUAUUUAUUUGUGGAAGUUACAAUAUUAGCCAUGUACAGCUAUUAUUAAUGAGUGGGAAUUGCCUGCUUUCUGCAUGUGCGUGGUCAGAUGAUUUUUCUCUGCAUAUUUCCGUCUGAAUGUUUCUCGCUGCAAAGCAAUCAAGAGUUUCUCCCCCAGUCAUUUCCCAUCAGGGCAGUGAAUCAUCAGCUCGACAGAUAAUCUGCUCCGUCUAAAGUUGCAAAACUGGAAUCUAUGACUUGACAGACGAAUGUAAAGCCUGUUUUAACUCCGGGAUGUUCUGAUUGAAACCCUGAGGAGGAGAAAGUGUUUUUUGUGAAUCCUGUUGUUGGAAUUUAAACAUUACUUGUUUAAAUAGUUCAGUGCUGCUCAGACAUGUGAAAAAAAUCUGUGGUUGUGUUGCGGUUUGAUAGUCGGUGAUGAGGCCGGACAAAAAUGCAAAGGGGAGUGUUCAGUCAUUAUUUCCACCUUGUGAAAAUUGACUGUCAGAUGGUGUUUUUAAAUACACACAUCUGCAAAUGCCAUUUAACGGCUAAUACAAAAUUCAGCUCAUGCGCAAGAUGCAAUAUGUACAGGAUGUAACUGUAGUAAUGUGAGAUUGUUUUGAAGUGACUGGUAAUGUAAAUAUAUACAUAUAUAACCUAUUUUUCAGUAUAAAAUAGUUGUGUGGUCCCUGAAUGUCAGAGUCUGAGCAGGUUUUAAAGUCUCCAUUUGAUUUGAGUUCGCUGCUACACUGAAGAGGUUUUGACAGAAGAGCUGCACCAUGAUAUUUUUGUAACAUAGAUGUAUACAUAACCUGCUUGUCUCCAUUUGUCAUUGAGGAUCUGUACAAAUGGGUAAAUAAAAAUGAUUCA